GUUUGGUUGGGGGAAUUCCAACAGAGCAUUUGAGUCUACGGAAUGUACAGAGAGAGAGAGAGAGAGUAGCCGAACGACAGUAUCUUUUGUAUUGAACAUUUUGGGAAUUGUUUGUACGAUGAUUUAAGACACUUCUCAAAUUGUGUGGGAAACAAUUUCAUUUGAUUUGAUUGACUUUGAUUGAUGACCGGCGGUGGAAGUUGCAAGUUGUCUCUGCCGUGUUUGUUUGUUUGUUUCAAAAGUGUAAACAAGAGAGACGGCCUGAGUUGAUUGAGUGGGAUUAAAAUGGCACGGACGUACGUACGUCUGAUGGUGGACGUCUGCCAUAUCUGCAACAUAAUGCGGUGCACGAGAAAAGAGUAGAAAACCUUUACCAUGGAAAAACUACUUAAUAAACAUAGGAGUGAAAUUGAAGUUUAAAGUGUUAUGUGAAUGUUGGGAAGAACCUCGUCUUCUAUAUGACAUCCGAUGUUGGUCUAGACUCUAGACAUGGCUUCUUACAAUCCCUCAUCCAUCAGUGACUUUGAUGAAAAUGACGAUGAGGAGCUGCAGUCAGUGCAAGUCAGCAAUGGCACCAUCCUGGAUCCUAACAACAUGGUUCAUGCAGAGAUGUUCAAGUCUCUACUGUACCAGGUCUGUGCAUCAAAUACCAAGAACACUAAGGAGAGAGAAAAAGUGUUCCACUUGAUCUGUCAGAAAUUUUCUAAGAACAAGCUUCUGCCACCUCAGGAGAAAACGGACAUGUUCAGCUCUGUCCGUUUAGCCUACACCAAUGCCUUCACAGCCAUGUUUAAGACUUCCUUACAGAAUGUCCAGGAUGUUGAAUCAGAGGUGCACUUGCGAUCACUGCCAGCCACAGAGCGUGAACGGACUGCCGUACUACUUCAAAUCCAAAAUAUCCACCGGCAACCCAAGAUGCCGCCAGAGGAGAUUAUCUACAGACACGAGACUCGCUACCAGACAGAGUUCAAGGAGUUACACACACUCGGCAAAGGAGGGUUUGGUCAAGUCUACAAGGUACGCAGCAAUCUUGAUAGACAGCAUUAUGCCAUAAAGAAAAUCAAACUGAAGCAUAACAACUGUGACCAGUCAUUCAAAUUGGUGAAUGAAGUGAAGGUAUUAGCUGGUCUGAAACAUCCAAACGUUGUUGGCUAUAAUACAUCCUGGAUUGAGCCUGAGCCGAUGAAUGCAAGCAACUACCAAGAAAGUAAAACAAGAGGUCUGAAGUGUAUAAUGCCCUCCUCCAGCGAAAGCCCAAGAAGUUCCAGUGAACACGAGAACUCAACGCAAGACAGAAAUAGAGUUUCUCUAAAGGAUCUAGAGUAUGAGCAAUCCUCUACAGGAAGACUGACGGAAAAUAUGAAAGUGCCUGAAUCUGACCAAACCCAAAUGAGUUGUACUCCAACUAAAAUGGGUAGAAGUCCAAGUGACUCAUCAAGCACUAUAGUUAAUUCUUCGGUUACUCCCAAGCAACUUGAUAUGUCAUUUGAUGAUAGUGACGGGUUACCGGCCUUGGCAAGUACCACUCAACAGUCUGGUGUUACACAUUCAUCAGUAUCAGUUUCAUCAACGACAUACAGCUCAUCACGAUCGUGCACAACAUCAAGUUCAAAGGUUGCAGGUCAAGCAGUUACAUCUACUCAGACGACUGAAAAGUUGGUUUAUUCAAAACACGAAUCCACCAAGCAGACAUACCAGUCAAGCCAGACGGCAAAAAUAACUGAAAUGACUGAAAACUAUGUUAACGACUUUUCCGCAGAAAUUAAUGACUUUUCCACAGAUAUUAAUGAAAAUCUUUCGGAUGAGGAAGAAAUGUAUGAUGAUAUUUCAAUACACUUUGAAGAUGAGCCCAACGAUUACCAGAGUAAUUUUAAUGACUAUGCCUCCGGUUGGAAAGAAACUGUACUGAAUAAAAUCAGCGAUCCGGAAACUAGUUCUGAUAGCAGCCAGUCAAAUGCAGCUAGUUUCAACGGCAAGCAUCACAAGCUUACAAGCAAAACUGAUAACAACAACUUCACCUUCGAAGACCAACCCUGUAUUCCUUAUGAUCCUUUCAGCAAUAGUUUAGACGCACUGGUAGGAAAGCUACCCAUGGUCAAAAGCUCCGGGAAAAUCAUUGAUUUGGACAUGGAUGCGCAGAUGAAACCAAAACGUGAACGUGAGCGGAUGCGCCAUCGCUCCAAGAGUCAGGAUGGUACAGAAACCAAUGCCCAUGCCGGGAGAAGAACACUGAGUCUGGAACCUAGCCUACCUUUCCCAGGCUUCUAUGUGAUUCUACACAUUCAGAUGCAAUUGUGUUCAAACACCUUGGCAGACUGGCUAUGGGAACGGAACAUGGACGAGAAGGCACAGAAUACGUUUGAUUUGGUUAAUCUGUAUAACAACAUGGACAUCUUUCAGCAGAUUCUGCGUGGGAUUGAGUACAUUCACUCACAAAAUGUUAUACACAGAGAUCUUAAGCCAAAGAAUAUUUUCUUGGAGAACACCGGUAGAGAUUUGAAAGUACUUAUUGGCGACUUUGGACUCUCAAAAAAAGGUUUUAUGCCGGAGCGUAUGGACCAAAACAAUGCAUCAAAUCUUAAGUAUGGGCGAUGGGCAGACAAUUUUGUACCAACGAGUCAUACAGCAAAUGUUGGUACAACAACUUACGCAUCACCGGAGCAGCUUAAAGGGACCAAGUGUGAUUAUAAGUCCGACAUGUACAGUUCAGGUAUCAUCCUGUGUGAACUGUUCCAUCCCUUCGGGACGAAAAGUGAACGAGCCAAAGUGAUAAUGGACGUCCGUAAAGGUGAUGUUCCCCAGGAGAUCCACACCAGAUGGCCUAAUCAGUACAAAGCUAUUGAGGAAUUGACCCACAGCGAGUGUUGCCAUCGACCCAAUGCUGCACAGGUUCUGAGAGGCCCACUGUUUCAGUCCAAAGAAGAGGUGAUCAGCAAUCUACAGGCCAAGCUCUCUGAGCGAGAUGAAGAAGUACGCCAACUCAAACUACAAAUAGCUGAGCUGAAAACACAGCUAGGGAGGUGACUGACCACAUGAUGAGGUCAAUACGCAAAAAAAGCAAGGUGGCCAAGCCACCACAAAUAAAUUUCCUGGGACUAUAUCUGAAAGAUACCAACAUUUUUAAAAGAUUGUUGUUAGUUGUCCACCCUCAGACAACUAACUGCCAUUGUUAUCAUAAAAACCAAAAUCUACAACUAGAACUGGGUGCUAUUUGGAAAGCAGUUCAGUUCGCAAAAGAUCAUGCUACCAGAGAAAAUAACCAAUUUCACUUGGUACGAAGUGUCCAUGAAAGGAAAAGGUAAUUUUGGAGUCGGGUCGGGGGGGGG